AUGCUGGGACAAACAUUGAAAGGCAGGCUGGGUCUUUAUACCGUUACCAAACAACUACAGGAUAGUGUUUGGGUUGCAAGGACAUGCGACAAUAAACAAGUCGUAGUUAAAGCCGUGAACCACUCUCGUAUACACAACGAGCGAGACGUGUUGCGCCGGUUCCAACAUAACUCACCAUUUAUACGUCCACUACUUGAUGAAAUUGAAGAACCAUCAACUCCUCCUGCCAUAGUCUUAAAACACGUAGAUGAUGACCUAUUAAAUGCCUCUGAUACCCAGCGUCUCACUCGGUCAGAAGUCAAAUAUGUAGCCAAGAAGGUCCUUGAAGCAAUUUCUGCAUUUCAUGAGGGAGGCUUUGUUCAUACAGGUAAGGUGCCUGAUGAUACUUUGGAUAUAGUCCCUACUCUAUGUGCAGGAGAACAGCAGGGCAGCCGAUUUACGGAUGUCCAGUUGGCUGAUUUCGGAAGUACUAUUCACAAAGACUCUAGCCAUGCAAGAAAUGGAGAUCCCAUUGGGACCCCGAUUUUCAGAAGUCCAGAAGCGCAUUUACAGAUGAGAUGGAGCACUUCUACUGAUAUCUGCUUUCUAUACGGGGAAGGAUUUCAUAUAUUCAAACCCGACGUCCCUGUUGGCCACGACGACUAUGAACUCAAAAUAAUCGUUAACCAUUAUAGAUGCUUUGGCCCGUUCCCAGUCUCUUAUGAAGAGAUCGCUAAUGAACAAAAGGUAGCGAUCCUGAUAUGGAUUAUGAAAAAUACCCCCGCGCAUGCCCUGAAGCCACUUCAUCUGACUAUUCUGCGAGAGAUCUGCCAGGAGGAUAAGCAGUUUGUUCUGAGAAUAAUGAAACUUGAUCCACGAGAUAGGCCGACAGCACAUCAACUCUUGGAAGACGAAUGGUUCCACCAGUCUUGA